AUGUCCACAGACAUCCAAAAUCUCAAGUCCUUCGAUCCGUUCGCGGAAGCCGAAGACACAGGUGGAGAAGUCAAGGUUGGAAAUCAGCAGAACUACAUUCACAUUCGUAUUCAGCAGCGCAAUGGUCGCAAGACCCUGACCACGGUCCAAGGCCUGCCCAAGAAAUUCGACCAGAAGAAGAUCCUCAAAGUGAUCAAGAAGCAAUUCGCCUGCAAUGGCACCGUCGUCGCCGACACCGAGAUGGGAGAGGUGAUCCAGCUUCAGGGCGACCAGCGCAAGGAUGUUCAGGAUUUCCUUACCAACAAGAAGGAUGGCCUCGGUCUUGAUGUCAAGACUAUAAAGGUCCACGGGUUCUAA